UGGCAGAAGGCCAGGCUUUGGCGGGAUCAGGUUAGGGCAGGUUUGGUUUCUUUAAAAUGCAAAGUUGGGGGCCAAUGGGGCUUGCAUAUAAAUCCCCACUCGGGGCACCUGGCUCUUUGUUUUCCUUCCUGAGUCUCUCUCUGCUACCUGGUCCGCCCCAGAUCCAAGAUGUCCAGUCCCCUGGAGCAGGCUCUGGCCGUCAUGGUCGCCACCUUCCACAAGUACUCCGGCCAAGAGGGUGACAAGUUCAAGCUGAGUAAGGCGGAGAUGAAGGAACUCCUGCACAAGGAGCUGCCCAGCUUUGUGGGGGAGAAGGUGGAUGAGGAGGGCCUGAAGAAGCUGAUGGGUGAUCUGGAUGAGAACAGCGACCAGCAGGUGGACUUCCAGGAGUACGCUGUCUUCCUGGCCCUCGUCACCAUCAUGUGCAAUGACUUCUUCCAGGGCUCCUCAGCACGGUCCUGAUACAGAGCUUGUGGCUCCCCGCCGUAGGUCUCUUGGGCCCAGGAGGACUCUCUAUCUAUUUUAGUUUUAUACUCAAUAAACGUUUUUGCUUGUUGACAAUAUUUUAAUUGCUCAGUGAUGACCUGUCACCUGGCUGGCUCAGUUAAAGACUCAAA